CGACGUCCACGUGUGAAUCGCGUCGAAUCGGGUGCACGUGGUGAGGACUGCGAGGAUCGUGUUUCGUAAGAGAAUCCGUUUCUUCUCCUUACUGGAGACUCCUGUUCUGGUUUCGGACUUGUGCGUCUCGGAAUGAGUCGAACGGACGAUUUCGACGUUUACGUCGGCGGUAAAACCGGAACGUUCACGGGUGUAAAGAUGACCGCGCGGGAUUGUCUGACGAAGAACGUACGAGACUGGGUGACUGUACCGGGAAAGGGUGAGGUUACUACCGUUUCUUGGGGUGACGACGACGAGAGAGAGAUUCUGGUCGCGUCCGGCGUCGACGGUACCAGAAGCGUCGAGGUGUACGAUACGGACUCUUCCACGUGCACGUGUACGUUUCGUUGUGACUACGGAAGAGGAAAGAUCGUUGGGAUCUCGCGGUACGACGAAGCGAUUUUGACUGCCGUCCAUACGGGAGAGGUGAAACUGUGGCGAUUCGAGGAACGAGACGGAUUUGUCCUCGGAGCUGGCGCCAAUUUAGAGAGAAUGCGUCACUCGAGAGCGAAUAAACAUGUCAUAGCCACGGGAGGUUUCGAGAAUCAAUUGAGAUUGUUCGAUCUGAACAGGCAACGGCAAAUUUUCAUAGAGAAGAAUCUGUCUCACGACUGGCUGCAGUUGAGGGUUCCCGUUUGGAUUUCUGACAUAGACUUCCUUCCCGACACGGAACUAGUUGCUACGGUCAGCAGACACGGACACGUACGGUUGUACGAUCCAAAGACGCAAAGGAGGCCCGUCGUAAAUCUCGAGAUGAAGGACGAAGCGUUGACGACUUUGGCCGUUACGCCGCGAGAAAGGCAAAUAAUAGUCGGCAGUGGCAAAGGCAGGAUGAACCUCGUCGAUCUGAGGAGUCCGGCCAAAUCGUUGAAUACCUAUAAAGGAUUCGUCGGUGGUGUGACUGGCAUAGUUUGCAGCAAGACUGGUCCUUACGUCGUCAGCGUCGGUUUAGACAGACAUUUGAGGGUACAUCACGUUCGUACGAAACGGAUGUUACGAAAAAUUUACUUGACCUCGAAACUGUCCUGUGUCUUGCUGCGUUCCGACUUUUCGUUGCCGUCGGCCAAUGACGAGAUCGAAGAAGAGACUGUGCAACGGAGCAAUGGCAACGUCGACACUGGAACCGAAGAGAACGAUUCGGAAUACGACGUGCUGUUUGACUCUAUGCCAGUGAUCGGUAAUGAAACGAAUGGUACAUUGGCGAGAGGGAAGAAGAGAAAACUUGUACGUGCAAAAGUGCCUCGGGAAAUCGUAUUUACCGAACGAUCGGAAGAAGAGAAAGGAGUUGGAAAAAGGAUAUCGAAUUCUAAAAGAAUCAAGGACCAGUUAGAACGUGUUUGAUCGUAUUACGUACCAUGGUACCGUGGUACGUACGUACAGCGCGUGUUGCUAAUGAUCGAGAGAAUGUUUUCACGUUUUUGUAACUCUGUUUAUAAAGCUGUCGAAUACUGUUUGUAUUGGACAUAGAAUGACUCUCUGCGAGAAGCAGAGGUGACGAGGCACCCAAAAAUUAUUACGAACGUUCAAAUAAGACGUUUCUGUCACGA